UUGUUUUUUUAUCUUCUAACUAUUGCUAAAUUGAUGAUGCCUCUUCUAGGCGCCUGUCAUCAUAUUUGUGGAGGAUUUCGACCUCUUUGCUGGUGUACGUGGGAAGUUCAUUCACACUAAAAAUCAGGAUCAUGAGGCUUUCAUUAAUCAACUUCUUGUGGAACUUGAUGGGUUUGAGAAACAAGAUGGAGUUGUUUUGAUGGCUACUACCAGAAAUCUCAAGCAAAUUGAUGAGGCAUUACAGCGACCUGGUAGGAUGGAUAGAGUAUUUCAUCUUCAAAGGCCAACUCAAGCAGAGAGGGAAAAGAUACUGCAAACUGCCGCAAAACAAACCAUGGAUAGUGAGCUAAUUGAUUUGGUCGACUGGGGAAAGGUUGCUGAGAAGACAGCUCUUUUACGGCCUAUAGAACUAAAACUUGUUCCUGUGGCCUUGGAAGGUGGUGCUUUUAGGAGCAAAUUUCUUGAUACGGAUGAACUAAUGAGCUACUGUAGUUGGUUCGCGACUUUCAGUGGUAUUGUUCCCAAAUGGAUACGGAAAACCAAAUUUGUGAAUAUAGUAAGCAAAUUGCUGGUGAAUCAUCUUGGACUGACAUUAACUAAAGAAGAUGUGCAGAAUGUGGUUGAUCUAAUGGAACCAUAUGGUCAGAUAACCAAUGGAAUAGAACUUCUAAACCCUCCUCUUAAUUGGACAAGGGAGACCAAGUUCCCCCAUGCUGUUUGGGCUGCUGGUCGUGGUCUUAUUGCUCUUCUAUUACCAAAUUUUGAUGAUGUUGAUAAUCUAUGGCUUGAGCCAUUGUCUUGGCAGGGAAUUGGAUGUACAAAAAUCACAAAGGCAAGAAAUGAAGGCUCUAUGAAUGGAAAUUCAGAGUCAAGGUCAUACCUUGAAAAGAAGCUUGUAUUUUGCUUUGGUUCGUAUAUUGCAGCUCGAAUGCUACUUCCUUUUGGGGAAGAAAAUUUUCUUUCUUCUUCAGAAUUAAAGCAGGCACAAGAGAUAGCCACAAGAAUGGUGAUUCAAUAUGGCUGGGGACCUGAUGAUAGUCCUGCAAUUUACUAUCACAGCAAUGCGGUUACAGCUUUAAGCAUGGGCAACAACCACGAGUAUGAGAUGGCAGCAAAAGUUGAAAAGAUGUAUGAUUUGGCAUAUUAUAAAGCAAAAGAAAUGCUUCAGAAAAAUCGUCAAGUUCUUGAAAAGAUUGUGGAGGAAUUGCUUGAGUUCGAAAUAUUGACUAGAAAGGAUAUGGAAAGAAUGGUUGAAGAUUAUGGUGGGAUUCGGGAGAAAGAACCAUUUUUUCUUUCAAAAUCUUGUGAUAGAGAGCCAUUGUCUAGUGGCUUUCUUGAUGGUGGGAAUACAACAGGGACUGCUCUUUUAAGUGCACCAGCAUCAGCCUAGGCUCAAUGAACAUGCAGCUCUGAUUCCCGAAGCUGAUGCCUAUAGAGUUUAUGGUGAAUCUCAGUUUCUGCAUAUACAUUAUUGACGGAUUAUUCAUGCGCAGGAGAUAUGAUGUAAACUAGUAAUAAAAAGGCAGUUUUUUGGGUUGAGAAGAGAUGCCAUUUUUCCUUCUCAAUCAUCUUUAUUGCUUUUAUGAUGGGUUGAAGUCAUUCCUGCUCCUUUUUCUCUGCAUUGUAACUUUAAAUUGUUGUUAAUAGAAAUUAAAAAUA